AUGUCAGACAUCUACGUGGUCGUCCAUCUUGAGACCACGUGGGACGCUCCUCUGCACCAAAGCCAUCUGGCUCGUCAUACGCCUUCAGAGCUCCGCAGUCUUUCGUGGUGUAUUGUCGAUGCAGACCUGUUGGAGCAGCUGGCCCCACAGUCUCUACACGUUGGAGUGAGCGAUGAUGGCGAUCUGCCGGCGUUGUCUUUCAAAGAAGCGAUUUGCGCUUUCGACGAAAGCAUCUCGAAGGCAGUGGCACAGAAGGAUUUCUCUUUUGUCACGACAGACAUGCACAACUUGAGGGUGGCCUUGCCCAGGGAAGCUAGAGAUAGGCAGGUGGUACUUCCAGUGUACUUGCAGCACCCGAGGGUGUUUGACUUGUUCAACGAGUACCUGAAAUGGCAGCUGACACACCCGGAGGCAAUGAGUUACCCCUCCCUGUACUUAAGUAACUUGGUGACGGCGUUGGCGGUGGAUGUGCCUGAGGAUUGGGCAUCUAAGGACUCGAAGGUGCCUUUGGUAGACAUUCAUGCAAAGAUUUUGGCUCAGCUAGCUAGAAAGUCGCUACCUGUUGAGGAACACCCCACAGUUCUUACCAAGCCUUACGAUACUGCUCACGACGCAAAGGUCUUCUUGGCCGAGCGGUCCAAGAUCUUAUACUUGUCCAAUUUGCCUGCUGAUACGACCCAGUCUGAGCUAGAACUGUGGUUCACGCUGUACGGCGGUCGGCCCAUUGCCUUUUGGACGCUCAAAAAUGUUGACAGUGACAGCAAAGCACAAAAUAAAACCAAGGGUAUUUGUGGCUUUGCUGUUUUUGCAAAGCACGAAGAAGCCGCCCAGUCACUUUUUAUGAACGGUCGCUUGCUUAAUGAUAGAGUGGUCGAAGUGCAAGCUUCCUCCACGAGAGUUCUUGACAAAGCUGCUGACUUAUUGACACCUUUCCCGCUGUCCAAGAAUAGACCUCGGCCUGGUGACUGGACAUGCCCUUCUUGUGGGUUUUCAAACUUUCAGAGAAGGAUUGCCUGUUUCCGCUGUCUGUUCCCCGCAACGAGUGCCGUUGUCAUUCAAGAGCAGAUGUUCCCAUCCGGUGUCGACUCAACAAAUCCUCAGUCUCAACCAAGGCGUCUCAAGCACGAUGAUAAACAGGCAUCAGCGGCAUACGGAACAUUCAAUGACUACUACAUGGGUUCUCACAUGAAAGCGGGCGCUUACAAUACAUAUGGUGGUCCUUAUAAUCACGGACACAUGAAUAUGAACGGGAAUGGUGUGAAUGGAGGAGGAGCAGGAACAGUGGUCAUCGUUCUCAUUACGGCAACAGUGUGCCAUUCAGAGCAGGUGACUGGAAGUGCACAAAUGAGAACUGUCAGUAUCAUAACUUUGCCAAAAAUCUGUGUUGCUUGA